GAGGAUGUAUUUUUAACCGUGCGUCUUAACUUUAAUAUUGCAGGAAUAAAGGCUGAGAUAGGCAAUGAUUCGCUUUUUGUUUGCAUUCGUCGUUAUAAUACAAAGUGCUUUGUCCGAACCAUGCGUACCUCGAGAUUAUGGGCACGAGUCGUUCGUCUGCGUUUGCAAUGCUACAUAUUGUGACACUCUGCUUACAAACCGACCGGUACCAUUGAACUCGGUAAGUGUGUACACAACAUCAAAAAGUAAAUCAAGAUUUGAUUUUUCACUGGAACAACUUCAAAAAGCACAAGGCUUUUCGACUGUCCAACCAACUAUUACAGUAACCGAUGAGAAAGUUUUUCAGACCAUCAAAGGCUUUGGUGGCGCUGCUACUGAUGCUGCAACCAUUAAUAUUAAGUCUCUGAGCUCUAAGACACAAGAUCAGUUAAUUGCUAGUUAUUUUGGGCCUUUGGGAAUUGAAUAUAAUAUUAUAAGAGUACCUAUCGCAAGUUGCGAUUAUUCUACACGAGAAUACACCUACCUGGAUACUCCGAACGAUUUUAAUCUUUCUACUUUCGCAUUAGCUAAGGAAGAUAUAAACUACAAAAUUCCGAUUUUGAAAUCGGCAUUUGCAAUGUCCAAAAAUAACCUUUCUCUUUAUGGAAGCCCAUGGACUGCACCAGCUUGGUUAAAAACUUCUGAUAAUGAGAUUGGUAGGGGUUGGUUACAAGGACAAGCAGGAGAUAAAUACCAUAAAACAUGGGCCGAGUAUUUCACACGAUUUUUGGACGAAUAUAAAAAGCAUGGUAUCGAAUUUUGGGGCUUAACUGUUCAAAAUGAACCUUCAAAUGGACUUCUGGUAAAGAGUAGUUGGCAGUCUACUGGUUUCACUGCAGAAAUGCAGAGAGAUUUUGUAAAAAUGGACCUGGGUCCUGCAUUGAGAAAACAUGGAUAUGGAAAUAUUAAACUGAUGAUUUUAGAUGACCAACGACUCUUUUUGCCAGCUUUUCCUGAAGUUGUUCUUGCAGAUAAAGAAGCAGCACAGUAUGUUUCUGGUAUUGGUGUCCAUUGGUAUUGGGACUGGCUUAUUGGACCUGAUGUGUUAGAUGACACACAUAAUAAGUUUCCUGAUACAUUUAUUCUUGGCACAGAAGCAUGUAACAAGGACAGUCCACAGCCUGAUUUAGGAAAAUGGGACACAGGAGUAAAAUACAGCAACAGUAUUCUUGAUAACCUUAAUAACUGGGCUGUUGGUUGGGUAGAUUGGAACAUGUGUCUUGAUUUACAAGGAGGCCCAAACUGGGCCAACAAUUUUGACGACAGUCCUGUAAUUGCCAAUGCAACUGCAGACGAAUUCUACAAGCAACCUAUGUUUUAUCACUUGGGACAUUUCAGCAAAUUUUUGGUAGAAGGUUCAGUGAGAAUUCAUUCUACUGGCACUGACCUACCGAGUGAUAUCAAAUAUGUGGCUGCAAAAACCCCAAGUGGUAGCUUUGUCCUUGUGGUUCUCAACACAUCAGCUGAUGAUGUUCCUAUUACAGUGGUUGCUAAUGAAAGCAUGUUUAAUGUAACAAGCCCAGCAGAUUCUAUUCAAACUUUCACUUGGUCAAAGUAUCAAUAAUGUUCUAAUUAGAAAUGCUCUUGAUUUUCUCCUUAAAUUUCCUUUUAAAAAUUCCUAAUUUUUUUGUACAAUUGUAAGAUUUCAUAUGCUUGUAUAAGUGCAAUAACAGUGACUAUUUCCAACAUUAACUUUAGGAAAUGUGCAGACUGCAGUGAUGUGACUAGAUUAAUCUCAAUUUCAAGCUCACUGUGGUAAAACUAUAGUACACUGUAGGAGCCACGGGCUAAAUUGAAUAAUAUUAUUUUCCCCAUGCAGUGUGCAGCAGAACAAUUUUCAAACUGACUAAACCUCCAAACAGUUUUGUGUAUAAUCCAUUCAUGUAGUAGAUUUUUACCAAGCCACUUUACCAAGUUUUUUCAAGAAUGUGUUACACACUAGUAGCGUUGAAAAGUUCUCAUACAUUGUAGGUUCCAUACUAUAUUGUAUUUGUGUAUCAUGCGAUACCUCUGAAGGAUUUUGUACUGUGCUUGUGUAUCUUAACUUAUCUGAUGAUAUAUAUAUGAAAAAUCAAUCUGUAUCUUGAAUUUACUAAAAUAUCUUUUGCGAAUAAAUAAUAAGAAUGUUGUCAUCAAUC